AUGUCAUCUUCCGUUCACUUCAAGUUCAAAUCUCAAAAAGAACCCUCGAGGGUGACUUUUGACGGCACCGGCAUUUCGGUAUUCGAACUGAAGCGUGAAAUCAUCAAUCAAAAUAGGCUAGGCGAUGGAACUGAUUUUGAACUGUCAAUCUACAACGAGGAUACUGGAGAAGAAUAUGAUGACGAUACGGCUAUAAUUCCUCGUUCGACAUCUGUCAUAGCGCGCAGAUUGCCAGCGGCAAGGCCGGGAAAGGGUGGUGCUGCACGCUAUGUUUCUGGCAAGAUGCCAGUGACUGCACGUAACACCGCUCGUGCUGAGCCAUCAUCGUCGAAUCGCUCGACUACCGGUCCUGGUCAGAUAAUCGACAGCAGUAUGUCAGAACUGGACAAUGCCCAGACCGAGGACGAGAAGAUCAAAGCUCUUUUUAAUCUUCAGGCCAAUCAAUGGAAAGAACAACAACAAGAGAUGGCAAAUGCCACCCCCGUUGCGGUUGGCCGUGGCCGAGGCAAACCUGUCAACGUCCCAGAUCAUCCGCCUCCUCCUGGCUAUCUUUGCUAUCGUUGUCGAGAAAAAGGACAUUGGAUCCAGGCUUGCCCCACGAACAACGAUCCAAAGUUUGAUGGCAGGUAUCGUGUGAAAAGGUCGACAGGCAUCCCCCGAUCUCUGCAAACGAAAGUUGAGAAGUCCGUGGCCUUGGCUCUGGAUGGCUCGACUGAGGAAUUUAAGAACUCAGGAAUUAUGGUCAAUGCUGAUGGUGAUUUUGUCAUCGCUCAGCCUGAUAAAGCAACUUGGGAAUUAUAUCAGGAGAAGGCCAAGGCAUCCGCGGCUGCGGCUGCAGAAGCUGCGGCUGCAGAGGGCAGCAAGGAGCUGCAGGCCAGAGGUUUGGAAUGCCCGAUUGACAAGCGGAUGUUUUUGGAACCUACAAGAACACCAUGCUGCAAGAGAACAUACUGCAAUGACUGUAUCACAAAUGCCCUCAUUGAGAGUGAUUUUGUCUGUCCAGGAUGUGCCACUGAAGGCGUAUUACUUGACAAUCUUUCAGUUGAUGAUGAGGCCGUCGCAAAGAUAAAAGCGUACGAAGCUGAAAAGGCAGAAGAGAAGAAAGAAAAGGAGAAGCAGGAACAAGUCGAUGACUCUUCUCAUCACACUAAGAAAGAAGCAGAAGGUGACGGUUCCAGAUCUCCUAGGGUCGCGUCCGCAACAUCUUCCCCAAGUUUACCAAAUCAGCCUGGGUCAAGUCAGUCAAAGAAAAGAACUGCAGAAGAUGAUCCUCCCAAGGAACACUCCGACAAAUCUAAUUCUGCCCCGGCGAUGAAGAAGCAGAAGUCCCAGGACCAACAGAGAUCCUUGGACAGUUCGGAUUCUCAGGCGAAAGAUACUCUAUCAAACAUUCCUCAAUUCCCAUUCAACCAGCAGAUGCCUUUCCCCAAUCUUGGCUUUUCCCAGUCUCAAGGAAUGACGACAAUGCCGUUUAGUGAUAAUAGUUUUGUUCCUGGAGCAAUGGGAUUCAUGAAUCCAAUGAUGUUUCCUGCUGGUAACGGCUAUCCGAACGCAAUGGCUAAUGGUUGGGGUCAAAUGAAUGGCCUCGAUUUCACCUUCCAGCCAAAUGGAAUUUUCGGCGAUGGGGUUAACGGCUCCAUGAUGUUGAAUAACUCAUACGGACAUCCGAAUAUGUUUAAUGGAGGAGUCAGUACUUCCAUGCCAAUGAAUACAAUGGGUCAAAUGUCAGGUUUUAUGCAGCAGCAACCCGGCUUCCAGCAAGGAUCAGGGAUGAAUGCAUUUUCGAAUCAGCAACGUACUACGUUCAGUGCACCCUCGACCAGGGAAGAGGAUAAUGCAUACUUUCGCCAGCCUGUCAAUCCGCACCGACAUCAAGCAAGACAACGGCGAAUAAGACCGAGUGAUUAUCGAGAGCUCUAG